AGAGCGUGAGAGAGACGCGCGGCGCGCUCCCGCGGCUACUCAGGCUGAGAAAAGGCGCAUCCAUCCUCCUCCUUUUUUGUUUUUUUAUUUUUAUUUUAUCAUUUCAGUCACGUCGCGUUGCUCAGAUUGGAGAAGAAACAUGAACGGGCGCACAUUUAUCCUCUUCACGCUCUACUAUUAAUCAUCCAAUUUAGAGAAUAAUCCUAGAAACGCAGCUUCUCAAUGUUGAUGUUUUUAAUGUGAUUUAAGGAUCUUUUUUUUGCGCUAGAAUUCCUUCUGCUACCGAGCGAUCUGCACCUCACUGAAGCAGAAACCGAGCUGUUUUUGUAGAAAUAUUUUGGAGCAGGACGCGGACAUAUUGAUGCAGAAAUCACAGCUAAUAAUAAUGAUGCUGCUGCUCGGUGAGGAGAUAUAAUUAAGGAAGGAGACACCGGAUGAGACUGCUCCAGUCCUGGUCCUGAAUGCAGCGGGGACAGAGGCACCGAGGUGUCCCCAUCAGCCUGGAUGCUGCUGCGCCGCAGGAUGACUUAUUCCGACCCGUCGUCGGCUAAAGAUCUGCUCGGCAGCAGAUCCCUCUGUUUCAUUUUCAUUUGCGCGUUUGGACUCGUUACGCUCUUACAGCAGAUCCUCUACGGGAAAAACUACAUCAAGAGUGCACAACAGUUUAGCCGACUCAAAGGGGACGAGACCGGAAAUUGGACCGGCCCCGUUAAUUUCUUCGAUGACGGAUCUCUGAAGCCUGCCAGAAAUGGGCGGAAAAGAUGUUUUCGUCAGAAUUUUCAGCCAGAUUCACAGAUCUCCGUAAUAGUCACACCCUGCCUAGCUGAUAUUAAGAAGAAAAAAAACCACUCUCAAAGGUAUCUGGAAAACUAUGAUGGAGCGUUUGAGUACAACUCCACGGCAUGCAGGGAGCUCAGGCAAGAGAUUAUGGAUGUCAAGGUUCUGACAAUGGUUAAAACCUCAGAACUGUUUGAGAGGUGGCAGAAUCUGCAGGUGUGUAAGUGGGAGCAAAACAAGGAGGAGACCGGCAACUUUAGGAUGUCACUGUCCCGCUGCUGUAAUGCUCCGUCCUUUCUCUUCACCACCAAGAGGAACACUCCUGCAGGAACCAAACUGAGGUACGAGGUGGACACCAGUGGGAUCCUUCCCAUUACCACGGAGAUCUUUAAGAUGUUCCCAGAUGACAUGCCAUAUUCCAAGUCACAGUUCAAAAAAUGUGCUGUUAUUGGAAACGGUGGCAUCAUCAAGAACAGCAAAUGUGGAAAGGAAAUUGAUUCAUCAGAUUUUGUUUUCAGAUGUAACGUGCCACCCAUUAAUGAGAAGUACUCUGCAGAUGUCGGCACUAAAACAGACCUGGUGACAAUAAAUCCAAGCAUUAUUACUGAGAGGUUUCAGAAGCUGGAGAAAUGGCGCCGACCUUUUUAUGAAGUCCUUCAGAAUUACGAGAACUCCUCUGUGGUGCUGCCCGCCUUCUACAACACCCGCAACACCGAUGUUUCUUUCCGAGUCAAGUACAUGCUGGACGAUUUCGACUCCCAAAGGGGCGUGUUCUUCUUCCACCCACAGUAUCUCCUGAAUGUGCAGCGUUUCUGGGCAGUGCAGGGGGUCCGGGCGAAGCGGCUGAGCAGCGGCCUGAUGCUGGUGACUGCUGCCUUGGAGCUGUGUGAGGAGGUCCACCUCUAUGGAUUCUGGGCUUUUCCCAUGAACCCCUCUGGCAUUUUCAUCACGCACCACUACUACGACAAUGUCAAGCCACGGCCUGGUUUUCAUGCUAUGCCCCAUGAAAUUUUUAACUUCAUUCACAUGCACACUCGUGGAAUUAUCAAAGUGCACACAGGGAGGUGCAGGUGAUCCCUCGAUUUUCUUUUUCCUGUUUUUAAAUGGAUGAGUGUGUUUUUUAAUACAUCACUUACUUACACAGUACUUACAGUCAUGGGUAUAGAAGUCUACCCUUUUUCAAUUCUGUAUGUAUCAGGACAUAAAACUAACUGUUGUUUACCUGUUUCUAAAAUUAUUUAAAUAAUAAGUGUACAAAAACAGGCUGAAUUCCAAGAUUUUAAGCUUGGAACACCACACGUUUUGACUUGAAAAGGCUCCUUUAAUGGGAAGCAAAAUGUCUUCAAUCCAAUUGCCUCAUUUUUAAACCCUUAGGAUUGGCCACACCCUAAAUCUUUAUCUGUUGGACAGAUGGUCUCACAAUGUUUGUCUGUUUGUUUUUGCUGAAAAACAAGUCCAGAUCAUCACCCUUUCCCCUCCGUGCUUCAGAGUUGGUUUGAUGUGUUUGUGCUGAUAUGUUGUAUUUAUUUAUUUUUCAAAAAUGACACGUACAUUAGUCACAUUUUUCUACUUUGGCCUCAUUUUCUUCCUCAAAGGACAUUGUUCCUAAAGUCUAGUGGUCCAUUCAGUGUAAAGUGUGCUGCCGUAUUAUUUUUCUAGACAAAAUACAUUUUCCUUCUCCCAAACUAGACAGUCUUUUUCUAACUGUCCUGCUUUAAACUUUAACCUUGCUUUAACCUUCCUACGUGAGGCCUGUAAAGUCUGGGAUGGAGGGUUCUUGGACAUUUCUUGAAUUGCAUAGUCUGACCUCGGAAUAAAUUUGCUGACACAUCAUUCCUGGUAUUGGCAGCUGUAUUUGUCCCUAUGUGAACAAUCUUUAUUGCUGUAGAACGAUGGACACCAACUUGUUUGGGAAAUUGUCAUUUAAAAAUCCAGAAUCUUUAUUGUCAUUAUGCCUUAGCACAGCGAGAUUUUGUUUAAUCUCGGCUCAGUAUUUACAUAAUGACUGUGCAGUCUAAACAAAAGAACUAUUAUGUUUAACAAAAAGAAGUAUAGAGUCUGAGCAAAUGGUUUACAGAAUGCACAAAGCUCGACAAAUUAGCAGCAGUUGUGUGCAAUAAUUUAAGUGCUUUUUGCAGGUUGGUGGAAAGCAUCAAUUGGCCAUUGCUGGUGUCCAUCCACUUUCACAUUGUGUGAACACACACCUGCUUUUACACUAGGCUGCUUACUUUAUUAAAUCCAUUGGAAGGAGCGUAAUCCUUUCAUUUUGUAUUUAUUUUGUUUUAAAAAUGACAUGGUGACAUCUGAUGUACAUUAAGGUUUGAUUAAAAUGUUUUAUAACCUGGUAAAAACCAGAUUAUAUUUGGUAAGUUCUGAUAAGUCCAUUGAAAGAGGGUGAACUGCCUUUUUCCCAUGACUGCCUUUGCUCCUGUUAACACAUGUUGAACACGGCAAGCCUGAUGUUUCCUUUUUUCCACAAACUCCUUUCUGCGGUCAUAUCACUGUAGUUACAUCUGAGUUUCUGUCCACAAGAAUGCUUGUUUUUAUUGUGAAAAGUGGUCUUCAUAGUGAUGUCAUUUUCUGUGAAGUAUUCUUGUGGCUUCGCUGUACAGAGGUGUUGUUUUUCUACUUAACUGCACAGAUAUUUACACUGAAAUGGGCCUGCAGAGGGUGUCUUUGCACCCCUGUAUCUCCCUCUCUUGCAUUCUCUCUCUCUCCUUUUUUUUUCUUUGACAACCUCCGGGUUUGGCAACUUAAUGUUUGUGUCAAACAAAGCCAAAACCUUGAUAUUUAACUAAUACUUCCAAACACUAAUCGUAAUUGUAAUAUCUAAUUGUCUACUUUUGUAAUUUAUUUCCUAUGUACCUGCUGAGUUUGUAAAAAACUGCUAAUAUAGACAGUUUUCAGCAGCCUAAUUUCCCAAAUACCAAAUUUCUACUGAAAGGAUUUAAUUAAGGUGAGAAUUUGUUGCAUCCCCACUGAUUUCUUGGGUUGUUGUGGUUUGGGAUGAAAGCCAGACAGUUAUACAAAACUUUGAUAUCCUGUAAAACAGCAUAGUGCUGCUGAGCAACCCAGCUGUCAAUAUUUUUUUCUUAUGCCAUUUUGCCUUAUGAGGUAUCAAAACCCUCUAAAUGAUGAGCAAUUCACCCGUGUGUAUUGCCUGUAACAAAUACCUUAACGUCAAAUUAGAUGUUGGUUUGACUCUUGAAUCGAAGGACACAUAAAACACGUUAAGGUGCCCUUGGAAUUGCUCUCCGUUAACGUUGUUCAUAACCACGAAAUGCUGACUGUGCAUGACUUUACUCUGCUCUUGGCUUUGUGUGUGCCUGCUUCAGCCAUCAGUGGAUCACGUUUACACUUAAGCCUCUACUGAUCACAGCGCACUUGAAGAUGUAAACACAAAACUUUAAUUGUAUAGUCCUUGAUGAGUUUAGGUGUGAGGAUGAAGAUGGUUGCUGCCCCUUUUUUGCUGUUGUGAUGUAGCUUUUAUUAUGUUUAUAUUUCACUAUACUUUGAACUGUAAAGAUUCAGUUUGCAACAAGAACAACAAAAAAGCCUUUAGCCACUGGAAUAUUGUGCAGAUAAAAACAGAGUUUUUUUUGAACAUGCUUAGCUGCAUACUUGUCUCUUUUGUUUUUACUGUGUUUGAAGGAGGCUUUGUAAAUAAGAUUUAAACCUGCUCUUCCUUAGAUCCUUUUUACAGACUCUCUUUUUACGUAUGCACAAAGCAAACGUGUUGACUAAUAGAAUGACACUAAAAUAUGCUUGGCUUCAUCACAUGUUUCCCAAUCAUGUCUUAAUUACCAACGAACAAAAAUGAUGCUGGUCUCUCUAAUAAAAGGAACUCAUUCCUUAUGAACUCUUGAUCAUUCUUUAUAAAGGUACUGUGUUUGUAAAUAAAAUUGUUUGGAUUUUCU